UUGAAGAGACGGAUGGAGAAGACUGACCCCGCUAAUACGGUUUAUGAUGAGUUGGGCUGUUUGUUCUGAUAUCAAAGAUCGUUAAACGGCGAACCGAAAAGGUAGAGUGCAGAUCGAUGAGAAGUAAAAAGACCGCGUUAUCACUCGGAAUACCUUUUUGAAUGUAACAUUUCAUUGUAUCCGAUCUCAGAACGAAGCUGAAAACAACGUUUACGAAAUCCCGUGUGCCAGAAAAUGAGCUCUCAGCAGUUUCCACGGUCCGGAGUACCUACCCCUGGCCUGGGACAAGCCCAGAUACCAGGGGCAGCCACUACCAUGGUGCCUGGAAGCCAAUCAAACAUAGCGGGGAGCGAGGACGCUUGCCGUGACGCUGACCACGGCCCGCGCGAUCACCCCCCGAGCGGCGCGGGGACCAUGCCUUUCCGCGACGAGAAGCAGGAGACCGUGGUGGUCCGGCCCUACCCCCAGGCCCACGGGCAGCCGCUGACCCUGCCCCAGCACCUGCCCAUCCAGCCCGGCACCCCCGUCACCGUGUCGGCCCCGCCGACCCACCUCCCCCAGGGCCUGCCGCUGGCCUUCACGGAGGGACCCAUGAAGUCUGCCCUGAAGACGCCCAUGCCCAGUCGGCUCAUUGCUCCUGCACCAGCCUCCAGCCAGGGUCACCUCACAGUGCCGCCCAAGGUGCCCGGCCAUGUCACCGUUACCAUGGAGAGCAGCAUGCCUCAGACCUCGGCUAUUCCCGUGGCAACCAUAAGCGGACAGCAGGGACACUCCAGUAACCUGCACCACCUGAUGGCGGCGAACGUGCAGAUCAUCCGGAGCAGCACGCCGGCCCUGCAGAUAGGAUCGUCCCCGGCCCCUCCGCACACCUUCACCUCCCAUUUACCCAGAGGCGCCGCUGCUGCAGCUGUGAUGUCCAGCUCCAAAGGGCCCACCGUAUUGCGGCCUGCCACGGGUCCGAGCACGGGAGCGGGCCAGCCCACCGUUCAGCACAUCAUCCACCAGCCCAUCCAGUCACGCCCUGUCGUCACCACUUCCACGGCCGUGCUUCCUGCGGUGGUGGCCCCCGUCUCCGCCACCAGGGCCCAGUCCCCUGUCAUCACCACAGCAGCCACCCACACCGCAGAGAUGGUGCAUGGGCGACCAGGGCUGACCAUCCACCCCCCGCCGGCGACCAUCAGCAUACAGCGGCCGCCGUCGUCACGGGAUACGACCACGCGCAUCACGCUGCCCUCCCACCCCGCCAUCGGGGCCCAGAAGCCCCAGCAGCCCCACACCAUGGCGCAGAAGCCAAUCUUCAGCACUGUGACUCCUGUUGCCGCGGCAACAGUGGCCCCAAUCCUGGCCACCAACACUGUGCCGUCACCCACCACCACAGGGUCUGUACCCCACACGCAGAUGACCACCAGUAACAUUGUCACCAUGACGAUGCCCUCCCAUUCCUCCCACGCCACGGCAGUGACCACCUCCACCAUUCCCGUGGCGAAAGUGGUGCCUCAGCCAAUCGCCCACACCUCCCCCCGCAUCCAGCCGGACUACCCCGGGGAGAGGGGGAAUCUCAUCAACAUAUCUGGCCACCGCUCUUCCCCCAACCCCGUCACCAUGGAGGCCAGGAGUGACAACAGGCAACCUGUUCCAGUGCAGUUCCAGUACUUCUUGCCCACCUACCCUUCCUCUCCGUACCCUCUGACACACACCUACACGCCCAUCACCAGCUCUGUCUCCACCAUCCGCCAGUACCCAGUGACUCCCCAGGCCCCAAGCUCGGCCAUGCCGGCCCAGACCGGCGUGGGCGUGGCGCCCGCAGUCCACCUGAACUCCAUGCAGCUGAUGACCGUGGACCGGAUCACGCAGAUCAGCACGCAGGGCAUCCAGCCCGCCGCCAUGGCGGCCCAGGGCAUCCAGUCCGCACCAAUCGGAGCGCAGGGUCUGCACACCUCCACGCCCAUUGGCACACAGGGUAUCCAGCCGGCGCCUAUCAGCGCCCAGCAGCCGCAGACGGAGGCGAAGGCGUCAGUGGUCCUGGCAGACGGCUCCACUCUGGUGGCCAACCCCAUCAGCAACACGUUCAGCGCCACCCAGCCCGUCACCACGGUGGCGCAGACGCACCCCCAGGGCGGCAGCGCCGGCGCGCCCACCCUGGUGUCCUCGCCGCGGCCCAGCAUCCUCCGCAAGAAGCCCGCCAACGAGGGAUCUGCCGUGAGGAAAAACCUGAUCCCAGCGCAGCCGGGUGAAGCCACCAGCCCCAGGCUGGACAGUGCCAUUAGGAGUGCAUCGGGGUCCCCGCGGCCUGCAGGAGUGAAGCCCAAACCCGACAUCCACGUGGCCAUCGCCCCCCCGGUGACAGCCACCGUGGAGGCCCUGCCCAGUCAGAGCGGCGACCAGCAGCAAGCCACGCCUUCCCCCGCCCAGCAUCCGUCCCAGGCCAUCCCCACUCUCCUGGCGGCGACCGCGCCCCCGUCUCAACCCACCGCCGCGCUGUCCGCCAUCCCCGCCGCCAUGGCGGUCACCCCACCCAUCCCCGCCUCCAUGGCCAAUGUUGUAGCCCCGCCCACCCAGCCUGCAGCCAGUAGCACCGCUGCCUGUGCCAUCAGCUCCACCCUCCCGGAGAUCAAGAUAAAGCAGGAGGUGGAGCCUAUGGAUACGUCACAGCCAGUCCCCUCCGUCACCCCCAGCGCGGCCCCCGUUCUCACCCCCCUGAGCAACUCCCUGGGCAUCGCCGUGGGCGACAUGAUCCCGGGCGCCUCGCCCCGGAAGAAGCCCCGCAAGCAGCAGCACGUCAUCUCCACGGAGGAGAGCGAGAUGAUGGAGACCAACAGCACGGACGAGGAGAAGGUGACGGCGCGGCCCCUCAGCAUCCGGGCGGAGAAGCGCAAGUCCCCCCCCAAGGAGUACAUCGACGAGGAAGGCGUCCGCUACGUGCCUGUGCGAACCCGCCCACCCGUCACCCUCCUCCGGCACUACCGCAACCCCUGGAAGGCCGCCUACCACCACUUCCAGAGAUACAGCGACAUCAGGGUCAAAGAAGAGAAGAAGGGCACCCUGCAGGACGUGGCCAAUCAGAAGGGCGUGGUGUGCAGAGCGCAGGGCUGGAAGAUUCACCUGUGUGCUGCGCAGCUGCUGCAGCUGUCGAGCCUGGAGCACGACGUGUACAGCAGGCUCACCACCCUCCAGGAGGGGCUGAUCCCAAAGAAGAAGGGCGGGGCGGACGACGACCUUCACCGCAUCAACGAGCUCAUCCAGGGUAACAUGCAGCGCUGCAAGCUAGUGAUGGAUCAAAUCACCGAGGCCCGCGACGCCAUGAUGAAGGUGCUAGACCACAAGGAGCGGGUCAUGAAGCUGCUCAACAAGAACGGCGGCACCAAGAAGGUGUCUAAGCUGAAGCGCAAGGACAAGGCAUAGAGGGGG